CCGCACGGCAACAGGCCGCCCCUGCCUCCUGCUUCCGCUCGCAUUGCAGGGUGGUGGAGAGGAAGGUUACUGAAGAGCGAAAAUGGGAGUAGAAAUUGAGACCAUAACUCCGGGCGAUGGACAGACAUUUCCGAAGAAGGGGCAGCGCGUCGUGGUGCACUAUGUCGGCACACUGGCAGAUGGGAAAGUGUUUGACUCUUCGAGGUCCCGAGGGAAGCCGUUCAAAUUCAAGAUUGGACACCAGGAGGUUAUCCGUGGUUGGGAAGAAGGAGUAGCCCAGAUGAGUGUAGGUCAGCGGGCAAAGCUGAUUUGCUCACCAGACUUUGCCUAUGGCAGCAAAGGGCACCCAGGGAUCAUCCCACCAAACGCCACUCUCACCUUCGAUGUGGAGCUGAUCAGUCUGGAAGCCUGAAACUUGUGCACUCACUUUGUUUGUAAUUCCACUCAAAUUUUCAGGGUUGACUCCUAUCUCGGGAACAUGGAGGAGAAAUGUUAACAGAUGAUUCCUGCUCUUGAUCCCUGCAUAGGACCUAUGUCUAUAGCCUCACUAGUUCACUCUCUUUUCCAUUUAGAUACAAAUUGUGUUAUGUCACUUGCUUUAAAACUUUGUCCUCCAUACUAUACUUUAGAUUCCUUACAGUAAUAAGUCAUAUGCCAUCCCAUCCCAUGUAUUUUGUCAUAUUCUGCUAUGUAUUUUUAUGGUGAUGUUUUGUUUUUUUAUUUGACUUAAAAUUGACAAAAUGUGUCUGCCAUCAGGACCAGGUUUUAGAUAGGUGUCAUAAGUAUUUAAUCAAUCUCAUUCCUGUGGCCCCGUGGCCUUUACAUUAAAAAUUGUAUUGAUUGCGGGUAAUGAAUUGUCUUGAAUAAAAAUAAGAAUAAAUUGUUGUUUGACACAAUGAUAUUUCUAUGAAUUACCUUUUGUGAUACUUGGGUUAAAUUAGAAAAAAAGUAUGGAAUACAUUGUAACCAGGGAUUCAUGAAUCAAGGACAUUAUUGCCAAGAACAGCCUACAGGUCUCUGCAGAUGUAGGAUUUUCUUUGUCUAUAUACUGCAGCAUCAAUUCUUAAUUUAUAAGAGUAAAACGACUAUCGCUGAAGCACUCACAACUGGAAAUCAUUUGUCUUUAUUGCUUGUGAAACUUUUUUUUUUUUUUUGCCAAAAGAAGGUGUUUGGUAAAAGGUUUCUUAACUUGCAUGGUAAGGUCCCCCACAAAGAUUUGUAGGCACAUCUUGGGGUUUGUGAUUAUCUUUAUUUGAAGGAAUUGUGUGUAACAAGCUGUGGAUGUUGUAAACGGUCUGUUCUUUACUCUAAACACAUUAAAAGAGUAAUUUUAACACAAA